AUGAGUGACUUACCAGCUCUUAGACAAAAGAUUGACUCAUUGGAUACGACACUUGUAAAUAUCCUCAAUGAGCGUGCUCGUGUUUCAUUAGACAUAGGUGCUGCAAAGAGAAAGGACACUGGGGCUGACGAGACAGCCGAAGUCGAUGUUCAAGUAUUCAGACCUGGCCGUGAAAAGGAGAUUUACAAAAAGCUGACCCGCCUAAAUUCUGGUCCCUUGAACGAUGAUUCAUUGCAUGCCAUCUUUAGAGAGAUCAUGUCUGCUUCAAUUGCGCUUCAAAAAGACGUUUCCAUCGCAUACUUGGGUCCACCAGGCACCUUCUCACAUCAAGCUGCAUAUAAACGGUUAGGCGACAGUGUUGCCUAUGUUCCUCAAAAGCAAAUUGAUGAUGUCUUUGAUGCCGUUGAAAAGGGUCAAACAACAUAUGGCAUUGUCCCCUUUGAAAAUUCUACCUUUGGCUCAGUUGUAGAGACACUCGAUUACUUUAUUCACACCUCAGUCAGAGUGCGCGCAGAGACAUAUUUGACUGUACAUCAAUGCUUGCUCUCCAACAGUAAGCUAGACAAGAUCACCAAAGUGUACAGCCAUCCUCAGGGAUUAGGACAAACGCAAAAAUGGCUUUCAGCACAUAUCCCCAAUACCAAACGCAUCGCAGUGAAAUCAACAGCUGAAGCAGCAGAAAAGGCAGCGCUAGAGACAGGCGCUGCUGCUGUUUGUAGUGAAAUCUGUGCUGAAUUGUACGGCUUGGAGAUCGUUGAGGCCAACAUUGAGGAUCUCGCAGCCAACACCACUCGUUUCUUGCUCAUCGGUGCUGCCAGUGAUUCACCCACCAACGACGACCACACGCUCAUCACGUUCACUGUAGAUCACCGUCAACCAGGUGCAUUGUGUGAUGGACUCAAGGUGUUCAAGGAUUACGGGCUGAAUUUGUUCAAGAUUGACUCACGUCCUAGUGGACAACGUCCAUGGCAUUAUGUAUUCUUUGUCGAAUGUUCAGGCCAUUUUGAGGGAGAAGACAUCAAGAAGGCACUCAAGGAUUUAGAAGAAUUUUGUCUAGAUAUCGUGGUACUGGGCAGUUUCCCAAAUCAAAGACCUGAAUAA